CUGAACCUCUCCGGAGGCUUUUCUGUACAUGGGACUCCAGAAAUUGAUAAUCGGUCUUUUUCUCGCGAUACCACUCGAGCCCUCACCAGCACUCCCUUGCCCCAUCUUGCGCAAGAGCUGCCGGAAAUCAUCAUCUGCUUCAUCGAUUGUAAUAGGAACCUGGCACAGUUAGCUCUCGCGGUUCGGCCCUCUUCGGACUUGGGCACAGCGCGUGCUGUUUUGGGCGCACACUCAGAACCGAUCGAAAACGAUCAAAGGCCAGAGAAUUCCCGAAUAGCGCGUCAAAUCGGCGCGUGCCUCAUACUUGUGGAUCUUUUCUCAACCGAGAACAAUUCCGCGGAUGCAGUUUCCAGAUGGAACCGGUCAACGGCUCUGAUCAUCCGCAUCGCGUAUAUUCCGUACGUGUCGAUCGUAUAGAUGCAUGGAGGUUUACGAGCGGACGGGAAACUCGUGAAGGGGAUUCUGUCGCUCACAUCUACACAGUCGCUGGGUGUCUGGGCUCCCACGCAUGUUAGCGUAAAAGAUCCUGCCACCUUGGUGAUAUUUCGGUCGGCGUGCACAACAUACGAG